UGCGGCCGCGGGGGAGGGGCCCGGCGUCAGCGCGUCGCCGGCUGGGCCGCGCCGGUGGCCAGGAGGGAGAGACUAGGAGGAGGAGGAGGAGGAGGUAUCUCUGCAUUAGCCAGGUUAGACAAAUGUAAAGAGAGACAUCACUGUAUCUGGAUCAUCAGGAUCUGUGAAGGUUUGAAAGGGCCAAUGAGUAUUCUCAUCAUUGAGGCAUUCUAUGGUGGGUCCCAUAAACAGCUGGUGGAUCUGCUUCAAGAAGAGUUAGAAGACUCUGUCCUUUAUACCCUGCCUGCAAAGAAAUGGCACUGGAGAGCAAGGACAUCAGCUUUGUACUUCUCUCAGAAUAUUCCCACCAGUGGGCAUUACAGGAUCCUCUUCGCAAGCUCAGUGCUUAACCUGACUGAACUGGCUGCCCUUCGACCUGACCUUGGGAAAUUGAAAAAGAUUCUGUACUUUCAUGAGAACCAGUUGGUAUAUCCUGUCAAGAAAUGUCAGGAGAGGGAUUUCCAAUAUGGAUACAACCAAAUUCUAUCCUGUCUGGUGGCUGAUGUGGUGGUAUUCAACUCAGUUUUUAAUAUGGAGUCAUUUCUCACUUCUAUUGGAAAAUUCAUGAAGUUGAUUCCUGAUCACAGACCCAAGGAUCUGGAAAGCAUCAUCAGACCCAAGUGCCAAGUUAUUUACUUUCCCAUCAGGUUUCCUGACGUGAGCAGAUUCAUGCCCAAGCACAAAGCAGCCCAUUUACAGAAGAUGCUCAGCCUUAAAGAAAAUGGUGGCACUGCUCCAUCCACGGCCCUUCCUUUCCAACAGGAGCAGAGAGGUUCUGAGAAUUUAUUGAAGAGUUUUGAUUCAAAGUCUGGACUCGGUGAUGCUGCACAACAAGAAAGCCUGGGUUGCUCCGUAAGACAGGAGUCAUACUUGAAAACAUUCAACUCCUCAGAUGAUUCAAGCACACAUCAUGGGGAAUGUAAACAAAAUCAGUGUGACAUUUUGGCUGAAGCUGAUGAUCAGCAAAGACCAUUACAUAUUGUCUGGCCUCACAGGUGGGAGCACGAUAAAGAUCCGGAGAGUUUUUUUAAGGUAUUGAUGCAUCUUAAGGACUUAGGACUCAAUUUCCACGUAUCUGUCCUUGGAGAAACCUUCACAGAUGUCCCAGAUAUAUUUUCAGAAUCCAGAAAGGCAUUGGGAUCUUCUGUGUUGCACUGGGGCUACUUACCCAGCAAAGAUGACUAUUUCCAAGUACUGUGCAUGGCUGAUGUUGUCAUCUCAACAGCUAAGCAUGAAUUCUUUGGAGUGGCAAUGUUGGAAGCUGUGUAUUGUGGGUGUUACCCGCUUUGUCCCAAAGAUUUGGUUUAUCCCGAAAUAUUUCCAGCUGAAUAUCUGUAUUCUACACCUGAACAGCUUUCAAAAAGGCUCCAGAAUUUCUGCAAGAGACCAGAUAUUACAAGAAAACAUCUCUAUAAGGGUGAAAUGGCUCCUUUUUCUUGGGCAGCCCUACAUGGUAAAUUCAGGUCUCUGCUUACAGCAGAACCUAGGGAAGAUUUGUGACAGAUGGGGCUAAGUCACAAACUUGCAGCCUAAGGCAGAAUCUGUAGAACUUUCCAGAGUGUGCCCAUAUUUACCUGAUCAGAGAGAAAAGAAAAUCUGCAGAGGAAGCUGAGCCUGGCUGCUUGUCAUAGCUGACACAGAGCCAUCUGCCACAAACCUGUGGCGGCUUCAGAUCUCCAAUCCCUGCCACCACCCCAACUCAAAUUAAAUACAGAUUCCUAGAGACGUUAUGAUGGUUACACAUGUCCUCGGCAUCACAUGGAGGAGACUGUUCAAAAAAAAUAUGUGGCCUGUUGUAUAACCGCACUCAUGUAUCCCAUAUGUGGUGCCACAUUGAAUUUCCGGUUGAAUCCGUUUUUAUCCUUUGUACUGGAUGACAUGGUGCCUGAAUUCUUUCUUUUCGCCGACACGAUGGCAGCCAAACUGCAGCUUCAAACGCUCUCAUUUGGCUGGGUUUCUACCUAGGUUGCCAGGUUAUCAUCGGAGCCUUCUUGUGUCCUCAGAGGGCCACAGGGCCUGAACGGAGGAUCAGAAUGCUACUGACUAAUUGGGCAGCCAUCUCGGAAUUGUUUGUGGGCAAAGAGCUGCUUUAGCACUUUUCUUUUAGCAAAUUAAUGACUCCCUGGCACCGAGGUUUUAAGUGAAGGUAUUAAUAAGAAGUCUGGCAGGUAUUCCCAUGAUUCACAGAGUUACAUUUGCAUUUAAUUUAUCUUAAAGAAAGUUGCAAGAUAAACAGCUGUAAUUCAGACAAACAUGGAAAAUACACUAAGUAGGGCCAUCUCGCCCAUAAAAUGAACACAGAGAUACUUGUUUUAAUUUUUUUCGAGAAAUAAAAAUACUUCUUACAAAACCAGUAAUUUUGAUAUAAAUAUUUGUCAAAAAUAUUUGCAUCCAGCUACAAAUAUAAUCUUCUCAAGAUAAAUCACUUAUGAUUCCAAUAGUCAAGCUGGUGUAUUUGUUAAUGUCAAGAUAUUUUGAAUGGCUAGAUUGUAAAAUAAAUUUUUAAUAAAGUGCCCACUGCAAUUUUUAAUUAACAUAUCUCAUUUCCAUGUAAGUGUGUACAUCUAUCUGUAUGUUUCUCUCUGAACACUUUCGUUGUGUCAGAGACAACGAAUACAAUUGUUUCUUUUCCCAAUGAACAAGGAUCUGUUUUGCAAAUGUUUGUGAGAUAUUAUGACAUUUCCAAGAUUUUCUUUGCAUUCUGGAAAGCAGGAGGUAAACAUUUGUAGUCAUUAAGGUAAAGUCUGUUGAUAAACCAUCUUCUGUUUACUGACAGGUAAAUUGUAACUCUCCUAGCUUUUGAAAUGAAUAACUUCUGUAAGCUGUAAAGUGAGGAGCAGCCAGGGGGAAGAGGGCAGACAAGGGCCAAGCCUGGCUCUUUGGCUUUUAGAAGGACUGAGUUGUCUUGCAGGCAUCUGAGACAGAGAGGGCACUGGUUCAAAAGUCUGGUAGGACCCAUUUGACAGGUAGCACAAGUGUAAGCAGGAAAUAGAUCAAGGUAGAGCCCUCUAGAUAGAGGCAGUCUUGCAGAUCAGAAAAAGCAGCAGUUCAGGGCCCAGGAGGCCAAGGAAUUUAAAAAGCAGGGAGAGUAAGAAGCAGAAACAACAGGUUCUACUUCUGCACAGAGUCCUCCCUGACCAGCGUGAAAGCCCUAUGUAUGAUGGACAUCACAGCACUGGAUCUGAGUCCUCCUCCCAUUCUGAGAAGGCACUGGACAAAUUAGCCCAUAAAACAAAGGGCUCAGGAAUUAUUUGAGAAGUCCCUUCUGGUCUGAGACUGUGAAACUUGGAAUCUAUCGGUUAUGUUCCUUUUGAGUGCAAAAGCUAAUAUAAAAGGGCCUAAGAGCUUUUUAGACUCUUCUUCUGAGCAGGGUUUAGCAUCUAAAGGGAUGCUUCAGUUAGAAAGGUGCCAUGUUAUAGAUGACGUCUCUCAAAACAAUAUUAUACUCUCACAGCCAAGAAACAGUGCUUAUUUCAUUAUGUCCUACUAUUCUGAAAAUGAUGAGCUCACAUUUCAUAGUGAAUCAUGUAUCAUAUGCAUAACUAUCCAUAUAUACUUUUUUUUUAAUUCACGGGAAAACAACAUUAAUUACCAUUCAGAUAGUGCAUCUGAAACACUUAAAUAUUUGCCUGAUUUUGGCAAACACAAUAUUGCAGGUUACCUGUGUACAAAGAUGUUUUUCUAUACCCAUAAACUCAAAUCAAAUUUUGGCUUUAGCUGUGCCAGCAUUAUUUCUGGAAUAAAAAUUUGCAAUAAAGUGGUCACUUCUUAGAACUAUA